ACGUCUAACCUCAUCAAUAUUAAGAUUCUUAGCUUUAAAUUAGAGUAUUAAUUUAGUAAUUUUGCACAAACAAUUGUGUUGAUGCUCACAGCAGUGAAAUUUUGAAACUUGAAUAUCCACGUAGAUCGAAUAUUUCCAGAAAUUUCUUAAAUAUCGUUUGAUCGUACACAACCACUUUAAGUAAUAAGUAGAGAUGUUAAGUUGUUCGUUGGAUCAACGCGAAGGACAAUAUCAAAAUUUAAAAGAUUUUACAGAAAAAGUCCAUCAAGAUAUUAUGGACAUUACCUCUGUGGUCGGUUGGACAGUAGAAAGUAUAGAAACUGAUAAUGAUAAUCGUCUGGUAUGCCCAUAUGAUUCAUCUCAUCGAAUUGGGAAGGAUAUUCUGGACCAACAUUUGGAGUUCUGCCAGUGGAAGCAAGAAGGUUACAAUGAAUUCGAUGUACCACUCUCAGAGUCAAUGUUACCUUCAUGUUCUCCUUUCUCCAUAAAGUUAGAUGCAUCGUUACAAAAUAAAAUUUUGCAAGAAGCAAGGGAAAAGGAUCCAACAAUGAAAGUUGGUUUGGGUGAGCGAUUAGUUCCACGAACAUCUGAUAGAAUCUUCUCAGAUUUCACGUGCGAUGAGAGGAAAGUAUUAUAUGAAUAUGUUGUUUCUAAUACAGUUAAAACAGACAUUGGUCACGAUAUUACCGAUGAACGCAGCCUAAAAUGUCAAAACAAGGACAAGAAGUUGUCUUUCUUAGAGUUACUUGUGCAAGAACGUAAUUUAAAAAGACGCAGGGCGAAACAUAGAGGUGUUCAUACAAAUAAAAAAUCACAUACGGAAAUUCUUAGAGAGGUUAUAAAUCAACAGAUGGAAUUUUACGCCAAUGAACUAACAGAAAUUCAACCAACUUGUCACGAAACGAAAACUGAAGACAUUGUUAAAACUCCAAGUUCGAAUAGAUAUUUUGACGAUUCAACGCAAAGUGCAUCUCCGUCGUUCAAUGAAUCGCCGUCCAGAUAUCGUAAUCUUUUUCUUCAGAAUUCGCAGAACUAUCGUAAAAGUUCGAAUUCCCGAAAUAAUCAUACGUACGAACACUCUAAUUCUAAAGAUCGAGAUAAACGUUCGCGAGAUUCAACGGAAUCGUGGAAAACGCAAAAACAUCGAAAACGUAGAAGAUCACACUCGAAGGAACGCAAUUAUGAUAAAAAAGGCGAACAUUGGCGUACGCGACAUAAUUACGACAGAGACAAUACAAAAUCUCGCGAAACAGAAAAAUUAGUCGAUGGGACUAGUUAUUUAAAACGAAGCGCUAAUCGACGAAGAAAUGACGAAUAGUUAAUAAUAUGUAUGUCGAAAAAUCAUUAGACAAUUUUAUUAAUUCUAAGUAACACUCUGUACAAAUAAGAUGUUAUGUUACCUUCUCGUGUGGAUAUUUUUUUUCCUGCAUAGAAAAUUCACAAAUAAUGUGAUAUUAAACACUCAAUUUUAGUAAAUCUAUAAUAACAAUAACUUGAAAAUUAAUUACGAGCAAUAUUUAGUUUCUGAACAUUAUCGAUACAGACUAGAAU